GUACACGGUAGUUCCCUCUACACUGCACACAAUGAAACGAACCACCUGAUGCCACCGCAUUGCGAUAUUUCCCCGAAAUAGCUUCCAGUCGACACACAUCUCCUCGCUCUUGAUUCUAUAUAUAAAUUUAGUUGGUCGGCAAGCAUGGAUUCCAUGCCAACAUCUCGCGAGAAAAGUGAAGUGAACUGUGUGAAUAAUGAAUCGGAAAAAAUCGACAUCGAGAAAAUUAAAAACCUUCUCACAGAAGAACAAGUGCAUAGUGAUACAAUUGCCAGAAGACGACGAAGAUUCACAAAGAAGCGAAGUACUAGCUUGACCAGACGAGAUCCUACACCGGUAAGAAACUUGGAUGACAAAUUUACUUCGGACGAAGAACCAGUCGAACCGAAACCGAAGACACCCGAACGACCACGUAGGCCGAAAAGAAAUAAAAGUCUAAUAAAACACAAUCUGAGCGAAACAGAUACACCUUCUGUUGAAGAUAGCAACAAAAGCAACAAUGUUAGUAGAAACAAUAGCUUUAGAACUAAGCUUAAAAGAUUUGAAGCGCAACUCAAGGCCAUUGAAACAAAUGCUCCUAGAAAGAAAAGUUUAUCGGAUUUGGCUCAGGAUGAAGUGGUUGCUCUAUUUACGAAAACUAAGAAAACUAUAACAAAUGCUGCUAUAAAAGGUAGGGAGAGGUUUAGAAAUAAUAAGGAAGUAGCAAAGAGAAGCCAAUCGGCACCAAAUAAAAUAGUAGAUCAAGAGUUUAAUAAACAUGUCCAAAGCGGAGAGCAAAUGGAACAACUCCUACAAGAAAAACCUAGGAAAUAUUCUGAGUCAGAUAUGAUUGUGGAGAGACCACGAAAGUAUUCAGAGACUAGCUUACAGACAACCAUGCAAGAUAUUGAGUUCUCAGGUCCUAUAAUCAAAAAAGCUAAAGCGUUAAGACGAGAGUCCCCAUCAGGACUUCGUCACAGAAAAAAACCUGAGUACUCUUCAAAGGUAGUGGAAAUACUUGAUCCUAGGACAUUGAGUGUUGUUUCAAGGAAAACAGUUGUACGUCUUCCACAGGUAAAAUUAAGAGACCUGUACAAAAUACUAAGGUUCUAUUCAAUAUUUGAAAUUAUUAGAGCUUACAGAUUAUACAAAGUUGAGAUGAGAACUGAAUACAAAAAAAUAAAAACUUUGUGGAAUAAAUGCAUGUUUGAACUGUUUUUGAUUAUGAUGUUUUGUGGUGCAGCUGGUUUUAUUUUUAAAUUUACUGAAGGCAAAUUUGAAAAUUUCUAUAAAUGUGGAGUUAAAAGAGUCAAACGAGAUUUUAUUGAUUUGCUUUGGUCCAAAAGCCAUAAUUUAAGAGAAGAUGAUUGGAAAUCGUUGUUCCGAAAUAAGCUGAAAACAUUUGAAGAAGAACUGCAUGCAGCUCAUGAAGCCGGUAUGACCUCUUACAGUGGACAACGAUCCUGGAGUUUUUUGAACAGCGUUGUGUAUGCUUUGACUAUUGUCACAACCAUUGGAUAUGGUCACCUCUACCCCUCCACUACCACUGGUCGAGCUUUAACGAUCGUAUACGCUAUAGUGGGAAUUCCUCUCUUUCUUAUAGCGCUUACAGAUUUUGGUAAAUUAUUCACCAGAGCUAUUAAAUUCUUAUGGUCGUUUGUUAGACGACUUUAUUAUACAGGAAGCUGUAGGAAAGUUAGAAAAAGUGCAACUGCUUCGGAAAUAUUUAAAGGAGCCCAAAUGAUGUACGGCAUAGCAACUUUCCGUAGACCCUCAAAGGACCCCUCCGCCGAAAGCGCCGCAUCACCGUUUUCAACAGAUAUUACCAGUAUAAAACCUAUGUCAUCGCACGACACUGUGAUAUCGGCAAUGUCCGAGGACACACCAACAACACCAGAUUUAUCAACUUUUGAAAUAGAUGAUGAGUUUAAUCUACCCAUCUCCGUCGCUCUGUUCAUACUUGUAGCGUAUAUGUUUAUCGGAGCCUUAGUAUAUUGUGCCUGGGAGGGGUGGGAAUUUUUCACCUCCUUCUAUUUCGUAUUCAUUUCCCUCUCUACAAUAGGGUUUGGCGAUUUUAUCCCAGCUCAACCCGUUGUGCUAAUUGUAUCAAUAGUUUAUCUAGUUUUCGGAUUAGCUUUAAUGUCAAUGUGCAUUAAUGUCGUUCAAGUCAAACUCAGUGAUACUUUCCAACAAGCUUCCAUUAAGUUAUCCAGUACCAUGGGUUUUGAAAUGCCAGAUAGUGGGAUGACUCUCAAUGAGGAUGAAACAGAUGUUGUUCAAGUACAUAAAGAUGUCGAAAAAAAUGAGGACGAGGUUAAGAGCGAGAAGAUAGAAGUCGAAAACAAUAACUCAGCUACCGUUGAUAAACCAGAGUCUGAAAAAUCACAAUAAAAGAAAGAAGUCAAAUGUUUUCCUUUCUUCAAGUAAAUACAUGAAGAUAAAUUACAACUUUAAUUACAAUUAUUGGACAUUGAACUAUUUAGAUAUGAAUAUGGCUGUUACACAAAAAGUUACUUUGUACAUGUACAUACCUACUUUUAAAGUUAACAAAACAUUUUAUUUCAUAAUAUCUUAUUUCGUUAUCGAAUAUUGAACAAAUUAAUGUUCGAAUUUUUUGACUUUAACAUUAAUAAAAAUAAUAUUCGAAAUUUGUAAACUGGGUGUUUAUUGGUUUUAUUUUUAAUUCAAAUUGAGACUCAUGAUUAUUUUGUUUGUUUUUUUUUGUGGGAAGUGAUUACCUGUUAAGAAAAUAUAUUAAGAGCAAUAUUUUUAAUAUUUCAAGACCUCCAUUAAUGUUCUAUGGUUAGUGAAAAAAUUAUUUUUAUUGUUUGUGUUACGUAUAUGUACAGCUGGUUCCUAAAAAACUGAUGCUUAGUAAGAUGAACGACUCUAUUUUGAGCAGUGUAUUUGAUUGCUUUGACAUUAUACUUAUUAUAUUUAUUAUGACAGACAAAUAAUAAAAUAAGCAAACAAAUUACAAAUAAAUGAUUACAUAAUGUUAAUUCAUAAAUUAUAAUAAUUAUUAAUAUCUUAAUUUUGAUAUUAUUAGGUAUUUUAAAUUUUUGCAGUUUUCGCCUCUUCAAAAGGAUUUUCUUCUAAUCUCUCCAAAAGCGUACGAUCUUCAUGAGCGGUAGAUAUUUUUGGACUUCCAUGACCUUGCUUUCUUUCGAGAGUUUCUUGUUCUUUCCAUCUUUUAUUAAUAUUAAGAACUGUUGUUCUGCUUACGUUAAAAUGGUUCUUUACGGCAGAGAGUGACCAACCAUAUCUUCUAAUUUCGUUACAAUUCUUGCUUUUACUUAUUUGCUAGCACGUGGAGCCAUUUUUUGAGGUUGAACAGAAUAAGUUAUGUGGUAUAAGUUAUGAGUGGCAAAUUUUAAGAAAUCGUAGUGACAGUAUGUAAAUAAUAAGUAUUUAUCCUUCAAAAUAAACUGCUCAAUUUUCUACAAAAUACGCUUUAAGAGUCGUAUCAGUUUUUUUUGGAACCAGCUGUAGUACCUGUCUAUAUGUUUUUAAGUAUGUAACAAGUUCUAAGUCACUUUUCAUCAACUAUCCUUAAUAUCAGGUUACGAACUAUUCAUGUAGGUAUAUACUACAUAUUAUGUAAAGACAAUGCACAUUGUUAUCUUGGAUUUCUUUUUCCUUUUUGCGGAAGAUGCUAAGUGAUUAACACUAUAAUCCAUUUUAUUGGACUAUAUAUCAAUGCCAAAGAGUUUUUGUGCGUAUG